AUGUGUCUACCUUGUUUCCAAUGGGCUUGGGCUCGGUACGAGGAUCCAUUGGACGCGGUCGCUGAGCUCCCCGAACACGCGGCUUGGGUUCCAACUGGCAACAACUGCUGGGCACUGCAACGCACGGUAGGUGAUUGCCUGCUGCUGAAAAGAGAAAACUCUGAUGUUCGAUCCAUUGUCCCGGCCAGAUUUGUGCGCCACUCCUCCUUCCCUCUCACCUAUCCUCCACCUCUUCCUCCACCACUCACUCCUCUUCAACCCAAAAACCACCUCUUCUCUCUCUGCACUUUCUUUUCUCUCUCAUAUCACCCCCAAGAGAUGCCUGAUCCAGGAGCAGGGCACAAAUCUCCCAAGACUCCCCGACGCGUGAAGACACCUAGUGCCGACCCGUCAAGUCGACACGUGCAUUUCCAAACAACAACCGCUGGCGAAACGGCCCAGGCUGCAGCCAAACUCAACAACCUCCAAGCCAACAUCGCCGACAAUAAGGCACCAGCUCCUGCAACAGAAGCCGCUGCCACUCCUACUCAACCGACCAGCUUUCCUGCCUUGGUGCCUCCUUCCAGUCUCGGUCCAGGCCAGUGGUUCACUUCGACCAACGCAAGCCAGAGCGUCAGUUUCCCUCAGCAGCAACAACAAGCGCAGAACGCGACUGUUCAGGUAGCCCUCACUCCCAAUCUCACUCCCAACUUGACUCAACAUGCAGACCGUGCUCACACUCACCUACAGCCAGUAACUUACAUCUAUCCUCCAACUCAGCAGAGCUAUCUAGUGCAGCAAAAGACCACCGCCAUGGCCGCCGACUACCAGAACACCUGCCCUCCUCCCAUGGGACUCAACUUCCAGCCGCCCGUCCCAGACACCAGCAUGGGGCCCAUGAACCAUCUCUAUGUUCCACGCUUUGACGGGGGCGUUGUUCCCGUCGGCAAUGUCGCUGUCCGUUACCCUUCUUCUUCGUUUAUCAAUUGUGCCCCUGUCAACACCACUAUGCUCGCCAAUGUCCCAAUGCCACAACAGUAUCCGAUGAACCGCCCUUAUUAUUAUUAUGUCAGUCGAUCAGUUGACGUGUGUUCGUCACAACCAGUCAAUGGCGUGCCCGUUCAACAGCCUACCUAUGUCGUCCAGCCCCAGGCUGGCUAUGUUCAGCAGCCGGUCAUGCUUAAUGGCCAGCCUAUGAUGACUGCGGGACCUCAGGUUCAGCAGGCUUUCAUCCCAGCGGGCCAGGCCGUCAUUGGAGGCCAGCCUCCGAUCAUUGCAGGUAACCCUGUCCCUGCCCCUGAAUUUCCUGGGCUGGGUCGGACUCAAGGAGAGGAGAUCUUGCGGCAAAACCAGUUUGCGCAUCAAAACAGGCUCUUUGAGCCGCAGGACUUCAAGCCUGCUGAUGAUGACCCAUCCCGUUUUUACUAUGUCCGGGAGCUUGAUGGUAACUGGACCCAGCGCAACCGGUUUUCUAUCGAUCAUAUGGGUGACUGCCGCUGGUAUGUCACAGACGAAGGGUGGUUCUACGCUGUGCGCCUCCCCAACUAG